AUGUCGUAUUUAGGUAAUUUGCCUGUUUUCGAUCACAAAACAAGUGAAUGGUCAAUAUUUUAUGGGAAAUUAACACAGUUCCUAAGGAUAAAUAAUGUGACAAAAGAAGAAAUUAAGAGUGGUAUCCUGCUGACUCGUCUCACCGAUGAAACCUACCGCUUAGUACGUAACUUAGCGUACCCUAACACGGUGGAAUCGUUAACUUACAACGAGCUAGUUCAAAUACUCAACAGCCAUUUCAAACCAAAGCAGUGCUCCUUCGUAGAUAAGGCCAACUUUUUUGGAGCGACUAGAAGUCCAGGAGAAUCACUGGGAGACUGGGCGGCGCGAUUAAGAGGACUAGCAAGCUAUUGCGAAUUCGGCGACGCCCUAGAAACGAAUCUGAGAGAUCGUUUUGUCCUAGGCCUGGGCUCUGGCCCGGAACGCGACAAGCUGUUCGAGCAGAACCCGACAACACUUACGCUAACUAAGGCGAUUGAAAUAGGGGAACAAGCUGCUUGCGCAAGAGAGUCGUUACCCUUGUCACCGUCUAUGCCCGUUAAUGCUCCUUUAUCCGAACCUUCUGUAGGCAAUCCUCGGUCAUCGACCGUAGUAGAGCAACCCGUUAAUACUGACGCAAUAGACCAUGAUAAUGGGGAAGAAUGGGGCGAUUAUUCGGCACAGGACAGCGUGGGAGACUCAACAGAGAUUCCGGAAGCGUCAGAUUCGCCUGAAGCUUCCGAAAACGGAGUCGAACAGCCUCAGAGCGAGUCUGUCCGCUCCAAUGACGUACCACCAGCGCAGGCACCGACACCCGCUCGUCAACUGCGCCCCAGGAAGAGGAUAGAUUAUAAGAAAUAUUUUUAA